AUGAAACAAUCAGCUUCCUUCGACGUGAUCGGAACAUGUUUCGACUUCACCGCACCCAUCGAAGCCAUCCACUCGCGUCUCGGUCCCAAACUUGCCACCGCCAAAACCGAUCCCAAGACACUGUUCUUCAGCUGGUUCUAUGCCGCGCAGCGCGACUUCACAUAUGUGUCCCUUGCCGGGGCGUAUAAACCCAUCGCUGAGAUCUUGCGGUUGACAUUCAAGCGUGCAUGCCGUAUCGUGGACCUUCCUGCCGACGCAGUAAGCGACGAGGAUGUCGCUGCUAUCAUGAAAGCCUUCAAAGGCAUGGGCCCGCGCGAGGGAUUGAAGAAGUGUUUCGAUGGUUUGAGAGAAGCAGGGUGGGAUGUCUAUGCUGUUACAAACGGGGGUGUUGAGACGAGUUUGGCGUACUAUCACAACGCUGGGAUCGACCUGGAUGAGAACCACCUCCUAUCCUGUGAUGCUUUGCAGGUCGCGAAGCCAGAUGUAAAGGUGUAUGAGAAUGCGCAGAACCAUCUUUCGAAGCAGGGCCUGGGCACGAAAGACGAUCGGCGGAGGUGGUUUGUUGCUGCGCAUGCGUGGGACCUGAUCGCGGCGAGGCAGGCGGGAUUCAAGACGGCGUAUCUGGACUUUGAGGAACAUGAUCCAGUGACGGAAGUGUUUGGGGAGUUUGACUUGUACGCAGCGAGUAUGGAUGAGCUUUUGGCGAAGCUGCAAAGCGUGUCAUAG